AUGCGUAAGAACGGUUUCACAUGCCCUCAGUAUUUUUAUCAAGGCACUUCAAUUGGCCUAUUUUUUAUUGAUGCUUUUUUGCCUGCGAUUAUGUAUUUUCCUAGUCUCAACGAUUCUUCAAAAGUAAUUUAUAUUUAGAUUGAAUUUUUACUCAUUCAUUAUAUCACACUAUCGUGCGUAUUAUUUGCAGGACUUAAAGCUGCACUUAUCAACCCAACUGAUACAUAUGCAAAAAUUUCUAAAGUGAGUCCUGAUUUUAAUUCAACCGCUUCAUUUCAAUCAUUCACCCUAUGCAAUUCAUGCAAUUUACACGUAAAGACACAAAGCAGGCACUGCCACCAAUGUAACAGAUGUGUUGAAAAUUUUGAUCAUCAUUGCAAAUGGCUAAAUAACGAUAUCGGAUCUAAAAAUUACAUUUAUUUUGUAAUGCUUAUCUGGUUUCUCGAAAUUCACAUGAUAAAUUUAGCUCUUUUCGGGAUUUUUUUAAUAAUUUUGAUAUUAAAUGAUUUCACUCAAUUUGAAAGAAAAAAUAAUGAUUUUUGGAAUAUAGAAAUAAGCGAUUUUAUUACAAUUCUUAUCGCAAUUUAUACAAUUUUCAGUGUAAUGGUUUUGAUAUGACUUGCUUAUCUAAUUAUUUUUCAUAUAUGAAUAAAAAUCAAAGGGAUCACUACGUAUGAAUUUAUUUUAAAGAAAAGAAUAAAGAGGAUAAGAAGCGACACCACAUACAAGGCUGAAGAGAUUACACCUGAUGGAAAACUAGUGCCAGACCAUUUUAAUCAAUUUAUAGAAACAGCGCUAAAUAAUAUGGGAACUGAGUUCCCUGAUGGAGCUCAUCAUUGUUCUAUUAUAGGAGAAAUUUCGUUUGAAGAGUCAAAUGAUAUAUGUAAUGACAAUAAUAACCCUAUGGAUGAGACUCCUGAGGUGACUAUGAACCAAGAAUAA